AUGGCAUCAACAUUUUCACCUCAACCAAAUGGUGACAAUACAAUUAAUGAACAACAUUCAGAACAUCGUUUAACACCACAUAGACGACAAUCAAAUGAUGUACCAAGUAAUUUCAUACUUGGACGACCUCAUACAGGUCCAAGUCGUGCUAAUACAAAUCAACGAUUCACAAAUGGUGGAAUGAAUUAUAGUCAAACGACAGAUGCCGAGCAUAGCUUAGCUCUAUUGGAACAUUUAUCAACUGAUUUGGCUAAUUUACUCAAUCGAACAGAUAUCAGUGAUUGCUUUCUCAAUGUAAAAGGUACUUUCAUGGCUGUUCAUAAAUGUAUUCUUGCUGCACGUUCAAAUGCUUUUGCUGCUGUUAUUUCGGGCAAUUUCAAUCGACUUGAAACAAGUGUCAGAGAUCAACUUGAAACAUUAGAUCAUAAAGGAAAAUUAGUUAUUGUUAUUAAUAAAACUGAUCCAGAAAUCAUGAAACAAAUUGUUGUUUUUUUGUAUACUGGUAGAUGCGAACUAAAUGAAGGCAAUGCAUUUGAUCUUCUUGAUGCUGCUGGUCGAUAUGAUAUCAAAGAUCUUAAAGUACAUACUGGUCGUUUUCUCGCAACUCGUAUUGAUGUAAAUAAUGUUUUAUUGUUGCUUAAAGCAGCAUAUAAACAUGAUAAUAAAUUGGUUAAACAACGUUGUAUUGAAUUUUUUAUUAAUAAUGCUAAAGAAAUUAUGAAUAUACAUGAAUUAUGGAAACAAUUUGCUGAAGAACAACAAGCAAUUGUUGCUGAACUUCUACAUUGGCUUGUUAACAAAGAAUUAUUCUAUUCUGAAAAACCUCAAUGGGAAGCAAAUUCACGUUGGUAA